AUGUCUUCCUCAUCGUCUUUGGAACAAUCGGCAUCAUCUUCGGAAGAUGAAUCCAUCCAAGUAUCAACAUCCUCUUCCUCCUCUCAACAUCAUCAACACGACGAUUCUCUUACUCAUCAAACUCCUCUUUCACCAGUUCCUCAUUCAUCUCACAAUUUUUGGAAGCUUGAGAGUAUUCAUAAUCCAGUUUAUCAUGUACAUGAUGAUCAUGAAGAUCAUUUAUACCAACAGGAAAAACAUAUUUAUUUGAAAGAACACCGAUUCCAUAAAGCUACCCAUGACAAAUAUAAGGAAUAUUUGGAUAAAUUACCAUCUGGGCCAUUAACGAAAGAAAAUCAACCACCAAUUCAUAUAACAGAACAAGAGCAAAAGAUAUUUGACUUCUUACUUCAAGUUAACGAGCACUAUAAAUUAGGAACAACAUUGAGAGUGGCUGGAGGAUGGGUGAGAAAUAAGCUGUUGGGAUUGGACGGCGACGAUAUUGAUAUUGCACUAGAUAAUAUGAUGGGAGCAGAAUUUGCAAAAUAUGUAGAACAAUACGAAAAAUUGAAAGGACUUCCAACAAAAUCAAUUGGUAUCAUUUCUGCAAAUCCCGAACAAAGCAAACAUUUGGAGACUGCUACAACUCACAUUUUUGGUCAAUCUAUCGAUCUUGUGAACCUCCGUAGUGAGGAAUAUGCUGACGAGUCAAGAAUACCUUCAAAUAUUUCGCUUGGAACUCCACAGCAGGAUGCAUUUCGUAGAGACUUGACCAUCAAUGCUCUCUUUUACAAUAUUAACGAAAAGAUUGUAGAAGAUUUCACUGGAAAGGGAAUUCAUGACUUGAAAAGAAGAAUUAUACGAACGCCACUUCCUCCCGUUCAAACAUUUUUAGACGAUCCUUUACGUAUUUUGAGAGCGAUUCGAUUUGCUUGUUUCUUUGACUUUUUAAUUGCUGAUGAAAUUAUGGACGCUGCCCACAAUCAUGAUGUUGAUGUUGCACUUGCUGAAAAAGUAAGCAGAGAGCGUGUAGGAACUGAAAUUUUGAAAAUGCUAAAGGGUCAUGAUCCUGUCGGCGCCUUUGCUUUAAUUGGGGAAAUGAAAAUUAAGCAUAUUAUUUUCACAUACUCAACUGCCCCAAAGAAAAAGAAAGAGGCGUUUCCAAGAGAGUACUUACGUCCUAUACCGAUUGAAUGGAAAGAUAACAUGCACUGGGAAAACUCUCUUUAUAGGAUGCGUAUCAUGAUCAAGCUGUCAAAACGAUACAAGUUGAAUCUUGAGGAGCGUACUGAGCUACUGCUAGCUGCUUUCCUCUCGUCUCUCACUGAUGCAAGCAUGGAAAAGGAAAUCGUUGAGGAAAUUUGUUACAAUCUAAUUGUAUCGUCAUUCCGAUUACCUCUCAAAUUGGCUGCUAAUGUUUCCACAAUUAUUUAUGGAGCUCAAAAAAUUAAGAGCAAGGUAUUAGUUUGUGAAGACAAGAAAGAAACUCUUGAUGAGGACUUCUUUGGAGACAUCAUUUUGCAAGAUCGAGAAUUUGUUGGUAAAUGGUUGAGAAAUAUUGUGAAAGAGCUUUACGACAAAUCCCUAAUGCUAUGCAAUGUCAUUGAUACACAAGGAACAGAAUUCACUGAGAAGCGUUGCUUCCGUGCUGUCAAAUUCCUCAAAGCUUUAAACGAAAAGCAUCGAAAAUUAGUGGAAAUUAGUCAAGAUGCUUCACCACUACGAGGUGAUGAAAUUGCUCAAGCUUUGGAAACCACACCAGGACCCAUUGUAGCAGAAGUCAUCGAAGAUCUAACCAACGAACGAUUCAAAAAGUAUCCAGAAAAGUUUGAGAGAGAGCAAGCAGUUGAAUGGCUCUCAAGACAUGCAUCCAAUUAUAAGGCAAAGCUGAAUCUAAACCCAAAGAAAAAGGUCAAAAAGUAA